AUGUGCAAAAUGGCACCUUGUAUGACCAAUUCAAACGAGCACAAUGUGUACUUCGGUACGGACUCACUGAAGAAGUACUUUGAUCCUGAUUGUCAGCCUCCACUGCCUCUUGUUGAGCUUCCAAUACAUCUCAAUCCAUAUUAUGAUGAGGGGGUUCGGAUAUAUGCCAAGAUGAUGACGAUGCACCCGGCAAACAACGUCAAGGCCAUGCCAGCGUUGAACAUGUUGGAGACAAGUGUGGUUCCAAACAAGACCAAAACCAUUAUCGAGUAUAGCUCAGGGUCAACCGUGAUUUCAAUGUCGAUGAUUGCCCGAGUAAUGCACGGCAUCGACGAUACCCGAGCCUUUCUAAGCAACAAGACAAGCGACGCAAAACUGAAAUUGAUGCAGUUCUUCGGUCUGGACAUAACCCUGUUUGGCGGGCCCUCACAGCCAGAGCCCAUCGAUGGACGUGGUGGUAUCCAAACUGCCCACAGACAAGCCAAAGAGUCCGAGUCAAUCAUCAACCCCAAUCAAUACGAGAACGACGACAACUGGCAGGCACACAUCCGGUGGACAGGACCACAGAUCUUCAAGCAAUUGCCAGAGAUUAACGUCCUUUGCGCCGGCAUGGGUACUUCAGGGACUUUGACUGGAUUAGGUACUUAUUUCAAGAGCGUGAAGCCUUCUGUGACACGCGUCGGAGUCUGCACAGCGCCUGGUGACCGCGUGCCUGGCCCCAGAUCAUAUGCACUAUUACGGCCAGUCGAGUUCCCCUGGAAAGAAGCAGUGGAUACUGUCGAGGAAGUUGGAUCCUCUGGCUCAUACACUUUGUCCCUGAAGCUUUGUCGAGAGGGGUUAGUUUGCGGCCCCUCAUCCGGAUUCAAUCUACAAGGUUUAUUCCAGAUGUUAGAGAAGCGCAAGGCAGCCGGUACACUCGGUGAUUUGGCAGGCCCCGAUGGAGUGACGCACUGCGUCUUUUUGUGCUGCGACUUGCCAUACCAGUACAUUGAGGAGUAUUUCCAGAAACUGGGAUCUGAACAAUUCCCUCCCAUCCACAAUGAGCAAUUGACCAAAGUCGAUCUCCACCGCUAUGACGAAGCCUGGGAGCGAGACGCCCUGGACGUCCUUCCCCAGGUAUACGGAUCCGCGCGGUCCCUCGCGGAAAGCCAGCUGAGCGAGAUCACGCUCAAACCACAGCACCGGGUCCUUGAUCUACGGAGACCAGAUGAUUUCCGAGCAUGGCAUCUCCCCGAGUCGAUCAAUCUGCCGCUGACCAGUAUCGGGCCACACACGACAUCACCGUUUUCGGACGCGGCGGUGUUGGAGGCGCAAUGGGUGGAGCUGGAGAAGAUCUUCCGCGAAGGCCGCCUUGUCCCACAGCUUGGUUCGCAUCAUGUCCUGGUGGUAUGCUACAACGGAGAUACGGCACGCGUGGCGACCAGUGUUCUUCGGGCGAAGGGCCUUGAAGCGGAUAGUGUUCGUGGGGGCUUCCAUGCGCUGAGGAUUUAUGGGAUCGGGAGUGAGGGUCCCGCUGUGUCCACUAAGGCCCCUGGACCUAUUGCGGCCACGGUUUCUGUUUCGGCGGUGCCCCUUGAUUAG